AAAAACCUCUGAAGACACACCUGUGUCUUCAGAAGCUUCAGACCAGACAAGUUAAACUUUGUCUCCAACGAGCUGAACUCUGAUUUUGUCCUUUGAGUUGGAGCGCAGUGAACAAUUUUCUUCAGACUACAAACAAGGACUAAAGGGACAUUUGUUUUUCCCUUCAUGGAAAACUAUUAAUAUUUAUUGGACAAGCUCUACAGAAACAGGUUGUCUGACCAUCCACAAUGUCUUGGGGGACACUCUAUGCCCAGCUUGGCGGUGUCAACAAACACUCCACCAGUCUAGGAAAGAUUUGGCUCUCUGUCCUUUUCAUCUUUCGCAUCACUAUACUGGUUCUGGCAGCUGAGAGUGUCUGGGGUGAUGAGCAGUCAGACUUCACAUGCAACACGCAGCAGCCCGGCUGCAAGAACGUCUGCUAUGACCACUUCUUCCCCGUGUCACACAUCCGCUUGUGGUGCCUGCAGCUGAUCUUUGUAUCCACGCCAGCCCUGCUGGUGGCAAUGCAUGUCGCCUACAGGAAACGUGGGGACAAGAGGACCAUGCUGGCCUCCAACGGCACAGAGAAGAUGACGGAUAAGGACCUGGAGACACUGAAGAAGAGGCGUCUGCCAAUCACAGGCCCACUGUGGUGGACGUAUACCUGCAGCUUGUUCUUCCGGCUCAUCUUUGAGGGCGGUUUCAUGUAUGCACUUUACUUCGUUUAUGACGGCUUCCAGAUGCCCCGGCUGGUGAAGUGCGAGCAGUGGCCUUGCCCCAAUAAGGUGGACUGCUUCAUCUCCAGGCCAACAGAGAAGACCGUCUUCACCAUCUUCAUGGUUUCCUCAUCGGCCAUCUGCAUGGUGCUUAACGUAGCUGAGCUGUGCUACCUCAUUGUCAAGGCUCUCAUGAGGUGCUCGACCAGGAACAAGAGGAAACACCCAUACGCCCACACAGACAGUGUGACACGGGAUAAUGCCCUUCUGCAGAACAAGAAGAACGAGAUGCUCCUGUCUUCUUCCACAGAUUCGUCCAGCAACAAGACCAUGUGUUGAAGGAUGACCUUUAGUGGUUGAGUAGUACCAGAGGAGGAGGAAAGCAUAAACUGUAAAUCCAACCGCACAUGGUCAUAGUUUGUGUCUACAGUUUGGUUAUUGGGCUCUAAACCCAAGCAUCCUCCUGAAUUGUCUUAUGGCAAGGUGAAACAGAUUUUGAGGCUGUGGGAGUUUAGGAUUACCACAAAAGAAAAUAGUUCAGCUUCUGUAGUUGCGAUGACCUGCCUUUCACAUCCAUUUAUAGGGAAAUCACUUAUAAUAUGUGUAUUUGACUUGAGGAAGGUGAUGAUGUUUCCCUGCAUUUGCCAAUAAAGGCCAUAAAACAUUC